AUGUUAUUUUUAUGUUUCAGCCGCGUUAUCAAAACUGAUUACGAAAAAGAAGUCAUGAGGUACGCGACGAAAGUCACUUGCAAUGCUCACAAGUCCGUGAUGGCAAAGUGUAAGCCAUUCAUGUACGAAUAUCAAUGCGAAGCCAACUUCCUGCAUUACGCUUAUUACGUCGGAGGGUGCAGGCACGUGGGCUAUAACAAUAUAUGCUGUUCAGGCAUGAACGGCGCCGUCCUGCACUACGGACACGCUACCGAACCAAACUCUAAAGAGAUCCAUGACGGCGACAUGUGUCUGUUCGACAUGGGAGCAUCGUACAGCGGUUAUACGGCAGACGUGACCGUAUCGUUUCCAGCAAAUGGAAAGUUCACCGAUGAUCAACGCGCUAUUUAUAACGCCGUGCUUGCGGCCAGCCGUGCCGUUAUGAACGCCAUAAAACCAGGUGUUUCCUGGGUAGACAUGCACAUACUGGCCAACAAAGUCACACUUAGAGAGCUGCGCGAAAUUGAUUUACUUCGCGGUGACGUUGACGAAAUGUACGAAGCCGGUCUCGCCGCCAUAUUUCAACCACACGGGCUUGGGCAUCUACUGGGAAUUGACGUGCACGAUGUUGGUGGUUACUUGGAAGGACAUCCGGACAGGCCGCUAAAGCCAGGCGUCAAGGCCCUGAGAACGGCUAGAAACUUGGAAGCGGGCAUGGCACUCACUGUUGAGCCAGGGUGUUAUUUCAUCGAACCGCUGUUAAAGCGGGCUCUCAGUGAUCCGGUACUGUCCAGGUUCUUGAACGAAAAAGUGCUGAAACGAUUUUGGAAGUUUGGUGGCGUGCGUAUAGAAGACAACAUUUUUGUUACGGAACGUGGAAUCGAAAACUACACCCCAGUACCAAGGACUGUCGAAGAAAUUGAAGAGUGGAUGAGUAAAAAAGAAACGGUCGCUUAG